AUGGAAAAGACGGUAGUAACUGAAUGGAAUCGAGUCUGUGACAAUAAUUGGAGUCGAGCACACGUUCAUAUGAGCUACUCGCUCGGGUAUCUCGUCGGUGGAUUGCUAGGUGGAUUCGUAAGUGAUAGGUAUGGUAGAAAGACAGCGAUAUAUGGCUUCGGAAUUUUGUCAAUGAUAUUCGGAUUUCUGCUUGCGUAUUCACGAGAAUUCGAAAUAUUCCUCGUCGUAAGGUUUCUGCUUGCCGCCAGCAAUGAAGCUGCUGAUUUGGCCGCCUAUGUGCUUUGCAUGGAGAUUACCGGAGUGAAAUACCGAUCGAUCGUCGGCAGUUUACUCCAAGCUCCAUGGGCUUGUGGCUACGCCUUUCUAGCACUUGUUGCAUAUCUAACCAAGUCGUGGACAUCAAUACAUAUGAUAACUGUUGGAUUGCACUGCAUAGCGUUGGUGUUCAUACACCUCUUACCAGAAUCACCACGUUGGCUUAUAAUGAUGAAUCGUGUUGAAGACGCUGAGAAGAUCAUUCGUAAAGCAUGUAAGAACAACAAAAGCAGUUUACCUAGCGAUCUUGGACUGGUUCGCCAUGCUGAGAAGCGGAAAUGGAUGAAAAAAGAUGAACGGCCCUCUUAUUUCCAUCUUUUCCGUGCAGCAGAACUACGAGUCCGGAAUAUCAUACUCUUUCUUAUCUGGAUUGCAACCGCACUGGUUUACUACGGUCUUGUGAUUGCGCUCUCGGAUCAGUCCUCACCGGGAAGAUCGGUGUUUGACGGAAAUUUCUUCCUAAACAAUGCAAUUGCUGGAGCUAUUGAACUUCCAACACUGGCGUUAUGUGUGUUUCUGUUAAGAUAUGGUAGAAAAAGGUCAACUUUCUCUUUUUCACUUCGUAGCCAAUACUUUGGCUUUUCUCCACUUACUAAACAAGGAGCGUUUAAUAUUCUCUACAUCUUCACUUCAGAAUUAAAUCCAACUAUUGUUCGUAAUAGUGCCGUAGGAAUAUCAUCGAUGAUAGCAAGAAUGGGUGCUGGUGCUUCUGGUUACAUUGCAAUCCUGUCGGAUGUCACACUCGCCAUUGUUCCUAUGCUCAUCUUCGCCGUAUUUUCACUUUGUGCAGGAUUUUUCGUCUUCUUUCUUCCAGAAACACAAGACUUACCGCUACCGGAUACAAUAUGGGUAAUCGCUAGUUAA